AUGAGCAGCUGGAAAACAAGGGAGGCCUUCCUGAUCUGUGAGCAGAGCCUGGAGAUGAAGACCCCACUUUUGCCUGUCAUACUGUUUGGUCUGGUGGCUGUACUCCAGGCCCAGAAUGUCCUGCCCUUACUCUCAGAGAACCAGAAGCUCAUAGGGACCUGGUAUGAAACGGCCGCUGUGACUAACAAAAACAUGACGGAGAAGAAGCCCAAGCAGACAUUCCCUAUUGUGGUGACAGCCCUGGAAGAGGGGAAUUUGGAGGCCAAGGUCAUAUUUAAGUUGAAUGGUCAAUGCAUUCACUAUGACUUAGUGUUAAUGAAAAUGGAGGAGCCUGGCAAAUACAUUCUCUUAGGGGCCAACCUGCAUAUGAACAUCUACGAGCUGCCAGUGAAGGACCACUACAUCUUAUACUAUGAAAAUAAUUUCUUUGGGAACAAAAUCCUUACAGGAAAUCUUAUAGGGAAGAAUCCUGAGGAAAACCUGGAGGCCCUGGAAGAAUUUAAGAGAUUUGUCCAACACAAAGGACUUCUACCAGAAAACAUCUUUGUGCCUGAGCAGAGGGAAAAGUGUGUCCCUGAACAUGAUAAGGAGCACAAGCUGCCUGCAGGCAUCUUCCCUGAGAGCCUGCUGCUGGCUGCCAACCUUGGCAUCUGCGCAGUAACCCUCCACUGUGACUCCCACCCUGAUCUGUAG